ACAAUGCAGGUACUCACGUGACGCGGAACAGUGGCAGGUCUCCUGCCAUGGCAACAAGUUACUAAACAGUCGUCAUGGAGGGGAAAUGUUCGAAACAAACUAUGAAAGAUGGGGAUCCAGGGAUUAAAGCGACAUCAACGGAGCAGGGUAACAAGAAAAAGAAAAAGACCAAAAAGGACAAAGAGAAAAGGAAAUCCGGAGGCAAGAAAAUAAGUCAUUCCAGCUCCCCCUCGGUUUCGGAUGAAAUGGAUAAGCCUCAGAAGAAAAACUGCAAACAUCAGUCAUUGACUGUGGCUUCCUUUGAAAAGUCUGAUGUUCAGAACACAGAGAAAGAGCUAUAUCAAGUGAAAUGCAGAAGCUAUAAGCCUGUAGAAAGCAAGGACUUCUCCAGCAGUGUAGAUCAGAGUUUGUCUAAUCAGCUGAAUGAAAGCUUGAGAUGGGAUGGCAUUCUUGAUGACCCAGUUGCAGAAGAAAAACGUAUAGAGAUUUACAAGAUGAACAGAAGAAAACGAUACAUGGCAGCCUUACAGAAUGCAUCAAAAGAUCUUGCAACUUGCGGAGGAACUGAAGAUCGGCAUGUUCAUCAGAAAACAAAGACCCACUCAUAUAAACUGACUCAUAAUGAUAAGCCCGCAUAUGCUUUAAAUCAAAAAGAACUGGGACUCCUACAGAAAGGGUUGACAUUUGCAAUACCUGAAAUAAAUUCAUCAGUAACAAAGCUUUCUCAGGGUGUCAUGUAAUUUUAAGUACUAGAAUUCUGUUUUUUCCUGCAUUUUGCCCCUACUGCCUGCCAAUUAUCACCCCUCUCCUGAUUGAUUGGACCAGUCAUUUCACAUCACAAAAGUGAGGAAGUCAUUAUGGUAGACACUGGGGUGGUUUGAGUUAUUUAUGGUUUUGCCUUGAUGUCUCAAUGUACUCUUGCGAUAAUACAAGUGAAAGGGGUGGUUAAUGGGCUGACCUCAAGGGACACUUCCUGGACAACUACAAAGGACAUUUCCCUCUAUGCAUCCCCAUGCCCCUGAAGCAUGGGAGGUGGUUUCUUGGUCUUCACCAGAGAAAGCACACAUAUCUGGUGUGUCCCAAUUAAGGGGAUGCAACCCUUCCCUCCUCCAGAAGAGGCAAUGAGACCAUGCACUGUUAUCCUCUCCCUCCCUGCCUGGCUCCUCCAGUGCUGGAGCUCCUGAUCAAACCUCAGACUACAAGGUCAUAGUCAGUGUUCCAGCCUCCUGCACCAUGAAGCCAGUCUAAGUAAUAGAUUAUUGUUGAAAUUUGUUUCAUAAUUUUUAAUAUUUUAAAAUAGUGACCAAUAUAUGGUCAUAUUUGUAGAUUCAGAAAUACCCAUCUUAUGUGUGGGCUUGAAAUUUGGACAUCUCUAGACUAGUUAAAAUAAGAAGAGUUACAGUCUAUUUAUUGUCCAUAAAGUUGACUAAGUUCUACUUUUUGUGUGUAAAUGAUAACAGUGACACUAUGCAUUUAUAAAGAAGUAUCAUUGUUAUGUUUCACAGCAUUGUUCUGCUGAAGAUUACUAGUUCUGAUACUUGAUUACUGGUUGUAACUUAAGAGUGCCAUGCAAAAUAUUUCUAGAUAUUAAUAAAAAACCGUUGAAGAACCCUU